AUGGCGGAUCUACAAAAGACUCCUUUUGUUAAGGAGCUCGCCUCAAGCGACCGACGCACUCGCGACAAAGCCACCGAGUCCCUGACUCUCUUCCUGCGCUCCAAAACCGACCUCUCUCUUCUCGACCUCCUGAAACUAUGGAAGGGUCUAUUCUUCUGCUUCUACCACUCCGACCGCCCCCUCACACAGCAAGCCCUCGCCCGGAACCUCUCGUACGGAAUCGUCCCGACCCUGCCCCGAGCCACGCUGCAUCGCUUCCUGCGCGCGUUCUGGAUCACCAUCGGUCGCGAUUUCCACUCGCUGGACCGUCUGCGUCUCGAUAAAUACCUCUUCCUGAUCCGAUGCUACGUGGGCGUCGCAUUCGAGAUCUUCGUCAAGGGCGCCAAGUCGCAGCAAACCGAGGAGACGAACAAGAAGCGCAAGCGCCAGGACGCUGGCGGCAAGAAGGAGAAGAACAAGCGAUCGAAGGGGAAGAAGAAGGCGCAGGCUGAGGAGGUCGCGGAUGAAGAGGAGGAGGAGGGCACGGCGAACGGUGGCGAUAGCAGCGCACAGGGUAAAUGGGCGGAUCUGGAGUCCUACAUCUCGAUUAUCGAGGAGGGCCCGCUCUGUCCUAUUAACUUUGAUCCGGACCAGCCGGCUGCGGACGAGAAGAAUGAUUACGUGCCUAUGCCGCAUGGUCCGGAUGGAUUGCGCUAUCAUAUCAUGGACAUCUGGAUUGAUGAGGUCGAGAAGGUGCUGGAGUUUGACGAGGCGGAUGACGAGGAGGAGCCCAAGGAGAGGAAACCCAAGGGCGAUGUGCCCAUGGACCUGUUGCUGCGGCCUAUUGAGAAGUUGCGGACGGAUUGCCCGUACAAGCCGGUGAGAACGAGGGCGACGGAGACGCUGAAUGAUGAUCGCUUGGUGGAAUGGGGCUUCAAGACCCGUCCCGUUCAGGACGACGAGGACGAGGAAAGUGAAAUCGAGUGGGGUGGCUUCGAUGAUUAA